CUUGACACAACAACCGGAACAGGAGCGCGCACUAGCGAAGUCUUGUUAGUCCGGACUAGCUAAGUAACGGCUUCUACCUAGAUAGUUAGCAAGUCGUGUGACUACUUUGAAGCGAAGAAAUGGCUGAAGAAAGAUCGGAGCGAUCCGACGGGAGGAUCGUGAAAAUGGAGGUUGAUUACAGUUCAACCGUGGAGCAGCGUCUCCCAGAGUGCGAGAAAAUGGCUAAAGAUGGAAGACUGCAGGAGGCAAUUGAAAGCUUGUUGUCUUUGGAGAAGCAAACAAGAACAGCUUCGGACAUGGUGUCAACCUCAAAAAUUCUGGUCGCAAUUGUACAGAUGUGUUAUGAGGCUAAGGACUGGGAUUCCCUGAAUGAAAACAUCAUGCUUCUUUCCAAAAGGCGGAGUCAGCUGAAACAGGCAGUUGCCAAGAUGGUGCAGGAGUGCUACAAAUACGUGGAUGCAAUGACUGACCUGACCAUUAAGCUGAGGCUUAUUGACACCCUGCGUACUGUCACUGCGGGCAAGAUCUACGUGGAAAUUGAGCGGGCGCGGCUGACCAAGACCUUGGCAAAUAUUAAGGAGCAGAAUGGAGAAGUCAAAGAAGCGGCUGCAAUCUUGCAGGAGCUGCAGGUUGAAACGUAUGGCUCCAUGGAGAAGAAGGAGAAAGUGGAGUUCAUUCUGGAGCAGAUGAGGCUGUGCAUUGCUGUGAAGGACUACAUCCGCACUCAGAUCAUAAGCAAGAAAAUCAACACAAAGUUCUUUCAAGAGGACGGCACAGAGGAGUCAAAGCUGAAGUAUUACAAUCUGAUGAUUCAAGUGGAUCAACACGAGGGAUCUUACCUCUCCAUAUGCAAACACUAUCGUGCGAUUUAUGAUACUCCCUGCAUCUUGGAGGACAAUGGAAAAUGGCAGCAGGCUUUGAAGAGUGUUGUCCUGUAUGUGAUUUUGGCCCCCUAUGACAAUGAACAGUCUGACCUGGUGCACAGAAUCAAUACUGAUAAGAAAUUGGAAGAAAUUCCCAAAUACAAAGAUCUGCUGAAGCAGUUCACCACAAUGGAAUUGAUGCGUUGGGCCUCUUUGGUGGAGGAUUAUGGGAAGGAGUUGAGGGAAGGUUCCCCAGACAGCCCAGCAACUGAUGUCUUCUCCUGCUCUGAGGAGGGGGAGAAGAGGUGGAAGGACUUGAGAAACAGAGUGGUAGAACACAACAUAAGAAUAAUGGCCAAGUAUUACACCAGGAUCACAAUGAAGAGGAUGGCUGGACUCCUCGAUCUGUCUGUUGAUGAGUCUGAGGAGUUCCUCUCCAGCCUGGUGGUCAGUAAGACCAUUUAUGCCAAGGUCGACCGACUAGCUGGCAUCAUCAACUUCCAGAGGCCAAAGGACCCCAACGAUCUGUUGAAUGACUGGUCCCACAAACUGAACUCACUCAUGUCGCUGGUCAACAAAACCACCCACCUGAUUGCCAAAGAGGAGAUGAUACACAAUCUUCAGUAACAAACACUGGGAAGUCCUGUUCUUUUUGUCGAAAUGUUGGAUUACACAGGCCACAUGUAAACAAAGUGUAAAUCCACCCACAACCAUCCUGUUUAAUGGAAAGAGAUUGCUGCCAUACUGUGCUCUCCUGAGCAGUUAUGAUCAGCUUUUAUUUCUAUUUGAUUUUCAACAAAUGUUAUUUUGGAAAAGGUGGUAGAACGAUUAUAGGAUUGUUCUGUAUAAUUAUACCACCUCUUCCCCUAACAAUUCCAUGCAAUGUGGCAAAUGUUUCCGUGUGUAAUAUUUGAACUGACUGCUCCCAUAUUUAGAAUGAUCCUUUGAAUAUUUGACAUGUUGUGCUAGCGGUCUAGAGUGGUUGUUGGUAACAGAUGGAGUUAUAGGUUUUCUGUUGUGUUCUGUCAAUGUUUUACAUUUACCUGUUAUAAGGGAUUAUGAUAUACAUAAAGUCGGCAAAAUAUGCUGUAUUAAAACAUU